UAGCUUAUGAACACGGCGGAGUAGUGCAAAUUAUUAGCAAAUCAUUCGGUAAUGAACUUUUUCAUAAAAAAAAUUAUCCUAAUGUGGGAAAAUUAACACGGGAAGAAAAAAGUUUUGUAAAAAAGGUAUUUGACUACUUCUAUCAAUAUACCAACCAAGAAUUAUGGGACUUUUCUCACGAUGAUCCUAGUUGA